CUGUCAAGAAUCGAAACAAAAGUGUCAAACGCAAAUUUUGUAAUCUCACGCAAAGUUUGAAUUGAUUAAAAAAAUCAUUAUAAAGAAAUAACCCGAUACUAAAUAUAUUGCGCUAUGGCUUCCAUUCUUGUACCCGAAAUACCCGCACCUGGAUUCUCAUUCGAAAAUUGUCAACGCAACGCGUUCCUUGAACAGAAAGGUUUCCCGGCACCCAAAGCUACAAAGACCGGUACCACCAUCGUGGGUAUAAUUUACGCUGAUGGAGUCAUAUUGGGUGCGGACACGCGAGCCACCGAAAAUACGGUGGUGUCCGACAAAAACUGCCAGAAAAUACAUUAUCUAGCCGGCAAUAUGUAUUGCUGCGGCGCAGGAACCGCGGCCGACACCGAGAUGACUACGCAAACUGUUGCAUCUCAAUUGGAACUUCAACGCUUGCAUACCGGACGGACAGUGCCAGUAGCGACUGCAGCAACGUUAUUGAAGCGCAUGUUGUUCCGGUACCAGGGUCACAUUGGUGCUGCCCUAGUAUUGGGAGGUGUUGAUCGCACUGGUCCCCACAUUUACUGCAUUUAUCCUCAUGGGUCAGUUGACAAACUGCCAUAUGCUACCAUGGGAUCUGGCUCUCUUGCUGCGAUGGCAGUCUUUGAAGCCCGUUGGAAGCCAGACAUGAAUGAAGAAGAAGGCAAAAAACUUGUACGUGAUGCAAUCGCUGCUGGUAUCUUCAAUGAUCUUGGAUCUGGUUCUAAUGUGGAUUUGUGUGUGAUCCGUACCACUGGCCCGGCACAGUACCUUAGAACUUAUGAAGAAGCUAACAUUAAGGGCAAGAAACAAGGUUCUUACAGAUACCCUCUAGGCACCACUGCAGUGUUGAAACAGCGCAUCAUUCCCCUGGAAGUGGAGUCGGUGACAGUGAGACCAGUGCAGCCAAUGGAGGUUGAGGCUUCCGUCAGCAGCUGAAGAUAUAUUUCACUGUUUAUUCAUAUACAUUUUUAUAAAAUAAAACUACUUAUGCAAUA